UUGACAUAGGUAUGAAGCGUUUAUGAUUAAGUCUCUUUACAUACGACUGACGUACCAAGUCCGCCUUUCUGUAAUCGCAUUGAUUUCGUGUGUUUUGUCAGCGUAUAUAAUACAGAAUGACUCGGCCGUAUUUCCUCACUAUGUCUAACACAAUGUCACUAAUAUUGACUAGUCAAGAAUCACUGGGUCUGUGUUUGUUUUCUUUUUAGACAGCUCAACACUCCAAGACCUGAAUACAUCGGCCAUCGGAUAUUUGCAACGUUGAGUUCGUCUGUGCGACUUUUGGUGGACAAGGAUUUCAGACAUGAUCUCAAGAACUAGAUCUAGGAAUAUGUUGGCAGCAGUGUUGACAGUUUACGCUUUGCUUACAAACAUUGUCAAUACCGCUGCAGACGACACAUUCGCGUCACGUGAUAGCAACACAUUUCUCGGCGGUUUGAACACCAUCAACGGUGCGCUUGAGCGUCAGAAAAAUCCGGAAUAUCAGGAGUCUCUGAAAAACUUCAAAUCUCUUCUUUCAGACAAAGAUCUCCUUGGGCAAAGUGGAAUUAUCGGCAGCUCAUUUCUGGUAACUUCCGGAAACGGAAGUAAGAAUUCUGGUAAUACACCGGAAACUGACGGAAAUGGAACUAAAAGGUUACAAGGAAGGACUUUCAAUGCUGGAAAUAGUGUCGCUGGAAAUGUGAGACUGCAAAGUCAAAGAUUAAAAGCUGACAAUGCAAAUCAAUCGAAAUGUCUGACUGAUAUUGAACGCCUCAUCAAUGAUGUGAGAAAAGACGCAUGGGUGCUACCUUUCCUGGACGCAUGGGGCAAGCCUGGACCGUCUAUACUUCUGGGUCGACUUAACUUCGUAGGCAACUACAGACAGUGUCGGAGUGCUAAGGCGCCCCCACUCUCCGGAGAUGCGGGCAGUGGUUUUACAGGACAGUACUGCGUUUUAAAUCUGUUGUCAUUGAAUGUUUCUGCAUCUGUUGUGUCUGCCAUGUCUGGAUUAGCAACUCUACAGGUCGGUUCUUGUGUUCCUGACUCGUGCUCUCAAGAUGAGCUCACUAUCCUUGUGGAGCUAGGUUUGAUCAUGUUGAAUGUCUCUAAGACCUUUGUUGCCUUGCCAACGGAAUGUCGUACAGAUGACAGGGAGUAUACAAGCGCAUCAAUAGCUGCCAUAGUCAUCUUGUCGAUCUUACUUGCACUGAUGAUCUUAGGCACCCUGUUCGAUCUUGUAGUCAUCCAGUGGCCGAAAUGGGCCGCACAGUUUCAAGGCGAGGACAGUCCGGACUACAUAGGUGCCAGAGGAUUCAUGACUCGUACCAGAUACCACCCGAUGCCUGAUGAAGAGAGGACCACGGAUGACCACGCCUCACCAUCAGACGAGCAGACGGCUAUGAAUGGCGAGGUCAGAUCUCAUGGAGCCCCGAUGUCUAAGGGUGGCCCUGAGCCCCAGUUUGUAAACGAGACGAAACCAUUGCUUGGGAAGAAGAAAGCGGAGCCUGAGUCUCGUAGUGGAAUCCUGUCACAGAUUCUACUAUCGUUUUCUGUAUACACCAACGCUUCUAAAGUAUUGAACACAUCACAGCCUCCUGGAUCUCUGUCAGCCAUCAAUGGUAUCCGCUGCUUGAGUAUGUCUUGGGUUGUGCUGGGACAUAUGUACGUUUUUGGACUAACAAGCGUUGUCAAUACUGCUGAAGAAUUGCCUUUGUACAUGAAACGUUGGACAUUCGACGCCAUCUCUAAUGCCUUAGUUUCUGUUGAUACCUUCUUCACGCUAAGUGGCCUACUUGUUGCAUAUUUAACGACUAAAGAGAUGUCUAAGAAAGGUUGGAAGAUCAAUUGGGGACUGUUUUACUUUCAUCGAUUUUGGAGAUUGACCCCUCCUUACAUGAUGGUAUUGGUAAUAGGCCUGGGGCUACAGAGGUUCAUGGGGUCUGGUGCAUUGUGGGCCACCGUUCAGCCAGUGGACAAGAGCAACUGUGAGGACAACUGGUGGACCAACUUGUUGUACGUCAAUAACUUAGUCAACAAAGACAAAAUGUGUCUAGGACACAGCUGGUACCUGGCCAACGAUAUGCAGUUCUAUGUGUUGUCUCCCUUGAUGCUGAUCCCUUUUGUCUUUCAUCGCUACGCCGGCGUCAUCAGUUGCAGCAUCUUUAUACUGGCACAGUGGAUUACAGCAGGCGUUCUGUCGUCUGAUAAUGGCUGGACUACAACAUUACUCGGCAUGAACGUCAAAUCAGAGCCAGGAUCACUGAAUUAUUUCUCCUACUAUUACAUUGCUCCCUAUUGCCGGAUUGGACCUUACGUUGUCGGUGUUCUGGCGGGCUAUUUACUGGCCGUCGGCAACGGUCGAGUUCGCAUGGACAAGUUGACAGUUUUCGUUGGCUGGCUGGUCAGCACAGCGUCGGCACUGGCCGUAGUUUAUGGACUAAGGGGCGACAUAAGUGGGGAGAAUCCCAGCAGUGUGGCGGUCGCCGCCCUGUACAACGCUGUGGCUAGAUCCGCAUGGGGAGUUUGUGUAUGCUGGGUGGUCAUCGCCUGUGUGUCCGGCUACGGAGGUCCAGUCAAUGUCCUGCUGUCCUGGCCACCUUUUGUAGCCCUGAGUCGCUUGACCUACAUGGCCUACCUCAUUCACCCCACUGUCAUGUAUAUUUACUUCGGUAACCAGGAAACCCUGUACACUCUGAAUGACACGAACAUUGUGAUAUCCUAUCUUGGCAUCCUGCUUUUUACCUACUUAGCUUCGUUUGUGCUGAUGCUUGCAAUCGAGUCUCCAAUGAUCGGACUUGAAAAAGCGCUACUCCCAAAGAAAAGACACUAGCCUCUACAAUAACAACCUGGACAGUUUUAUAUAUACACGCACUGCCUACGCGCGGCCAAAUCCAUGACAAGGCUACACACUGGUUCUAAACUCAGAAUAUUUAUAAUACUAAGAGCAAUGACAAACUAUAGACUUAAGCUGGCUAUUCCGAGACGACUAGUCACUACCUUUGCCCCCGGGCAUUAAACGCCUCUUCCUAAGGAUCGUCAAUCACGCAUUAUUAUAUAUCAUUACAUUGUCUUCAUCCAAAAUUGUGUCUGCCUGAGUUUUUUUUUUUUUUUGUUUUUUAUAUUAACAUUUUAGUUAUUAUAUUAUAAUUAAUGCAACAUAUCUUGAUUUAUGAAGCUGAUAUUUUAUAUAACAUUUCUUUGGGAAAUACCAAUAAAAUCAUACUUUAUAUUACUUGAAACAUUACAAAUGAUUUUGAGGCUAGAAAGACAUUUAACAUAGUUCUCAAACACGAGUUAAUUUUGUUAAUACCGUUUUGGAUAAAAAGCAAAGCUGACAUGCUGAUUUAUUUUUUUUUUUUAAAUCGCGAGUAGGAUUGACAAUUUUGUCUACUUUUCAGGAGAUUUUUGAGUUUUCAGGAGAUUUGAAUAAUUUCAGAUUUCCAGGACUUUUUCGUAUAUUUUGCAAUAUUAGGAGAUCUCCAUGGGGUACUGGAAAAUCAGGAGGCGCAAAAAGAAACCCUGCUAUUUUAUAUAGCCUAAGCUACAAUGUUUUAAUUUAAUAAUUUACACCUAGAAUUAGCGCGGAGCCCAAUGCGGCCGCAUAGGUGGCCUAAGGCGACCCUGAUCAUUUAAUUUUAUGUCAGUGACGGCUUUAGAGGCUGGAAUCCUCUCUUUCCAAGAUCCUGGACUAAAAGAUUUUAUAAAAUAAAACCUCUGCGGUUGUACGCCCGUGUCUCCUUACAGGUCACGAGCAUGAGGUUUUCCAGACCUCUCGAGACUUCUAGUCUGUAAAAUGCCGUCCCGCACGACCAGAAAGCCAUCCCGCACGACCAGGGAGCCAUCCCGCACCAGGCUGGGACUGAAUGGUUCUCGUCUUACUCCUCGCAGCGAGGAAAAUAGUGAACCAAAGGUAGUGAACCGUUUAAGGUAUCAACCAACUGGACAAUGAACUGUCAUGCAUUCUGCUUGUUUUCAAGGCAAACCUGGGCAGUCUUCCACCAGGAGGGGAGAGGGGGGUGCCUUUUGUGCUCCCAGUCUUCUUCCAAGUCUAGAGCUGAGUCUUACCUGAGCUCAAAUUGAGUUUUAAAAUGUCAGUAUCUGUAUCCAAAAACUUAAUAAGGGCAGUCAUUUUAAGCUUUCAAAAACAACAGCAGCUUGCUUAUUAGUUUAGCUUUAUUAGUAACUGGGUAAGCGAGGUAAUGUGAAAUAUUGUGCUCAUCCUAAUCUUAGGAAGCGAAAACAAGUGCCUUAUCAUUAUAUGUGUAGUAUCAUUGCCACUUAUGAUAUACACUUGAAAUGCAAAAGGUGGAAUCUCUUUCUUAUUGACAAAUUCUUAACAAGUGGAUAGCAAUAUGCCUAAUAGUAGGUCUAAUGCCUGCAUGUUGUUUUUCUUGUUUUCACCCACUCACCACACAGCAACUCAAGGAAUAAACUCUUGUCAAGCAACUCAUUUUAUUAAUAAAUUGCAAGCCUCUAUAAAGAUGUCUACGUGUUCCGGACACAUGACUCAUUCUGUAUUAACAACAGGACACACUAACAAAUCAUGCGAUCAAGCUCAACAACUCUCUUGAGUCCAGUCAGUCUCUCGUGAAUGUUUUCCCUUGUAGGUCAAGUUCGACAAUAUUUGUCAUAAAGGCUAUUAAAGAUAUGGUCUAAACAAGCCGGGUGGCUGAGUUGUUAAGCGAUACGCUUCCGAACCUGGGGUCUUGGGGUCGAAUCUCGGUGAAGACUACGAUAUGUAAUUCCCUGAUAUCUAGGGCGCCUCUGAGUCCAUCCAACUCUAAAGGUUACCUGACUUUAGUUGGAGAAAGUAAAGGCGGUUGGUCGUUGUGCUGGCCACAUGACACCCUGACGCCGUUGGCCAUAGAAACAGACGACCUUAACAUCAUCUGCCCUAUAGAUCGCAAGUAUCUGAAAGGGGAACUUUUCUUUACUUUUACAAACAAGUCACUAAGUGCCGACAAUAUUUGUUGUCACCAUUAUUAUAGACAUUGUCUAAAGAAGUGAAUAUAGCUCUAAUGAAUCACCAUACUUAAAUGUUAUUUUUACAAUGCUCAUAUUAACUCAUUCUGUAUCUUUCUUGUACCGUAUGUUUCGAUUUGUGCAAUCCAUUUUCGACCUCUUCUACUCGUCAAUCUUCAUCAAAUUUUGCACACAAGCUCAUGCUCGAUGACAAGACAUGAAUCAAUG